UGGGUGGAACAAACGGAGCAUGAAAAGCCAACAUGACUAACGGAUCGUAGAAUGGUGUAGUUCCUCGUUUGCUCGGCUCUCCCGGAAUGUAAGCAGAGGCAGCCCGGCAGCUCUUUCAGCCUUCUGCCUCUGAGUGGAUCUGUUACUCACAAAGCAGAUCCCGGCUGCUUUGGGGGAUAAGGAAGGAUAGAACAUGGCCUGCAUUUUGAAGCGCAAGGCCAUGGUUGUAAUUGGCUUUACAGCAGCCUUUCUAAUCCUGAUCAUUGCGCGUCUUACAAAUGAAGUCAGCUUUCCUCUCAUACUCAAUUGCUUUGGUCAGACCAGUGUUCAGUGGAUGCCAUUUUCUUAUACACAAAAGCAACCUCUAAGGGCACACUAUGGAUAUCUUAAUGUGAAAACGCAAGAGCCUUUGCAACUGGAGUGUGAUCUCUGUGCCAUUAUUUCAAACUCAGGUCAGAUGACAGAACAGAAAGUAGGAUUUGAAAUUGACCAGGCUUCCUGUAUAUGGAGAAUGAAUAAUGCUCCCACCAAGGGCUAUGAAGAUGAUGUUGGGAAAAGGACAACGAUAAGAGUUGUGUCCCAUACUAGUGUCCCUCUUUUACUUAGGAAUGCAGACUACUUUUUCAAGGAAACAAAUAGUACAAUCUAUGUCAUCUGGGGACCUUUCCGAAAUAUGAGAAAAGAUGGAAAUGGCAUUGUAUACAAUAUGCUGAAGAACACUGUGGACAGUUACCCUGGGGCCAAAAUCUAUGUGACCACAGAAGAACGCAUGAGCUACUGUGAUGAAAUCUUUAAAAAGGAAACCGGGAAAGAUCGAAUCCAGUCAGGAUCCUAUCUCAGUACUGGUUGGUUUACCUUAAUUCUAGCGAUGGAUGCUUGCUACAGAAUACAUGUCUAUGGAAUGAUAAAUGACACCUAUUGCAAGUCAGAAGGCUAUAGGAAAGUCCCAUAUCACUACUAUGAACCUGGAAGGAGUGAAUGCGAUGAGUACUUCCUUCAUGAAAAUGCACCCUAUGGAGGCCACAGGUUUAUCACAGAAAAGAAAGUAUUUGCUGAAUGGGCUAAGAAACAUACAAUAACAUUUACACACCCUAAUUGGACUUUGUCUUGAUGCUGGUUGUCACAGUCUUCCACAAAAUAGGCCAUGGAUUUAAAUGACAAUCCUCCUUAGGUGAUUGCGCUGAAAGUGAUGGUUCUGCUGUGGAACGAAUGUGCUGUUUGUAAGUCUGUGUGUGCACUGGGGAGAGAUCUACCCAUCUGUGGAAGAUGCUUAUUAUGUCUCAUUUCAACUGGAUUUUUUUUAGAAGUUCAACUUGGGAACAGCUCAUUUGCUAGAGGAUGUAGUUCUGUGAAGAGAGGAAAAAUACUAUCUCAUGCAGGCUCAGUGCUCUGGGUGUUUUGGAUAAUGUCUGUAGUACUUGAAUUUAGAUGAUAAAUGUUCACUAUUAAAGCAACCACCUUUUUGGCAGUAACAGCCAGACAAAUCAGUCUUGUAAAUAUAUAGUUUGCAUGGCUACAGAUUUACUGCAUAUGAGCCACUUAAAGAUGUGCUAAAAAAGAUCCUGAGUGCACUUGAUUUCUAGAAGAGGACUGAGUAUGUCUGAAGCUCAGAGAAUUCAUAUGCUGGAAAUGAAUGGCAGAGUAUUUCUAUCACCUCCAGGUAUUCCAACAUUGCCUCGAAUUUUCUCAGCAUGAUUUUAGUUAUAUCCCCUUUUUGGAGCACAACUAAGAAAAAUGGUCUUUAAGUCCAAGUAUAUAGUUUUGGGCAAUGACCUUUCUUGUGAUCUUGAGCAGUUCUUAGUUCUCUGACUUGAACACCUACCUCACAAGGGUGUUGUAAAGAGAAAUCAAUGCAACUACAGUUGUUUUUAUCAAUUAGUAUGCUUAUUUAUAUUUUUAUAUAAAUCCAUGGAUUCUUGGCAGAUAUUCCUCUUUAUCUCCUAUUUAAGAAUACUAAACCCAUGUGUAUGAAAUCAGUUCUUUGAAACACUAUACCAGCAUUCCAGCUGCAAUAGCUCCGUGUGCAUUAAUUUCUUCAAAAGAUUGUUUUUCACAUUUUUUUUCCUUUGAUGGUGAGAGAGCCUGGAAUGCUUAGUAGUUGCCCAUUUGUAAUUGAAGUGUUGCAUGCCCUGUUUUAUCCAUGCCAUAGAGAGCAUACAAAGCAUUAGAUCAUUUAAAUUCCAUUUUACGUAGAAAGAUUUAUUACAGAGAUAUGAGAUCUAAAAAGCAGGGAAGAGAGAAAUGACAGACAUUAUACCAAAAUUUCAUUCUAUUGCUAAGUGAGUAACUUUUUCAAUUUAUAUCAGAAGAAGUGUAUGUGGGUGUGCGGGUGUGUGUGUAACAGUCUAAAUAACUUCAAGUUCUGUAUCAUUUCAAAAAAUUCCUUAAACAUCUGCAAAAUACCUGGGUAUCAUUACUGCAAUACUGUAAUCAUACUGCUAAAACUUGAAAAAAGAUUUAUUGACCAUUAUUUGUAUAAAAUUCUCAAAGAGCCUAAGUACUGAAAUCACCCCACAUUUUGUAUUGCCUUGUUGAAUCAUGAAAAGGCAAUAGCAAAGUCGUAUUUUUUUACAUAUUAAAGAGUUUGUAUAAGGA